AUGCUUAAAGCUCGUGUUUUCGCCUGUUGCGCAUUCCAGUGCUUGAGAUUUAGCAAUUUCCUCUCUUUUCCUAAUGCUGAGACUAUCCAGACACUUAUACUAUUACUUAACUUUCUCAGAAACCAGGCCGAUGCAGGAGCUUCAUGGUCACUACUUGGUCUGGCCAUACGACUUGCUCAAGCCAUCGGGAUGCAUUGCCCUCCUGACCCUGAGAGCAUAUCCGACCCCACUGAAAAGGAUGAGGCGAUUAUACACCAUCAUAUCUGGCGCUCAUUGAUAUGGCAAGAUACGCUGAUAUCACUGUGUUACGCCCGGCCAUUGGGUAUAAAUGUCCUAGAAGAACACUCAUAA